AUGAGUGCCGGUACUGCUUCAAUUUCAUGCUCAAAUAAUUUAUCAACAACUAAUCAUUGCAAACAUUCUAAUAGGAAAUUGAAAAGAAAUAGUAAAAAAGAAGAGGAAGAAUCAACUUCAUCUUUUAAUAAAAAUAAAUCUAAACUAAAUUCCAAUCAAAAUAAAAAAACAAGAUGUAAAGGUCAUCAAAAACAUGAUUCAAAGAAAACACAAAGGAAACCAACCAUUAAUAAUAAUUGGUCAACUUCCUUUGAAGCAAAUAAUAAUAAUAGUAGUAGUAGGAUGACUAUUAUAAGCGAAAAGUAUCAAUUCAAAGAUAUAUCAAAGGAGAAGAUAAACCCUGUUAUUAUGGUAGAUAAAGAAAUUCAAACCGAUCCACCAUUAAGUAAAUACGUUGAAUAUUUAUUUACCACACCAUUUAAAAAUGUUAAACCUUUAUCACCUUCUUCAAAAUAUAACAAAUUUUUACAAAAUAAUUUUGAUUCAUUUGGUUCACUUAAUAUUAAUAUUACACCAACCAAAGAAAGAAGAUGGUCUGGUGAAACUGUAGUUUCCGAAAUUACUUUAUCAUCACCAUUUGAAUCUCCAAGACAAUCAAUAUCAGGUUCCACUAUAUCACCAGAUUCAUUUAUUAAAAUGACAAACAUAAUAGAACCUAAAGAUACUAAUAAAGACAUCUCGAUGCAAUCAUUCUGUUUAUAUGGAGAAAAUGAUGAAACAGAUAGAACACCAUAUGAUACAAUAACGAACCAAGAAAAUGAACUACAACUAGCUAUCAAAAACUUAACUGAAUUAUGUGUACCAAUUAUAGAUAAAGAUAAAAAUUCUACUAAUAUUACGAUGAAUAAAUCCGUCAUAUGGUCUGAUAUUCCUUCUUGUUGUCAAUAA